CCUCACUAUCCGUCUCUCCCCGUCGGUGCCUUCUCUCCCUCACUAUCCGUCUCUCCCCGUCGGUGCCCUCUCUCCCUCUCCAUCUCUCCCCGUCGGCGCCCUCUCUCCCUCUCUCUGUCUCUCCCUCUCUAUCCCUAAUUGCUUCCCUCUCUGCCUCUCUAUCCCUAAUUGCUUCCCUCUCUCCCUCUAUCCGUCGACGCCUCUCUCCCCUCUCUAUCCCUAAGAUCUUUUAGUUGGAUCAAUUGUGUGGGAAUUCAAUUUGGCUUUAAUUCUCAGUACAAAUCAACCGAUCAUUUUGCUCUCUGUCGCUCUACAUACUCCGAUUGUUGUUCAACGAAAAAAAACUCUGAUUGCUGAAGAUGCCUCGAAGAGCAGUAUCAUCUAGAGGUAGAGGACAUAGCCAGCAGCUCUCUAUAAAUGAAACAGAUGAGGCAGUACAGGUGCAAGAAGAAACACUGGAGCACACUCCACAAGCAUUACAGGGGCAAGCAAAUGCAUCAUCAUCAUCAUCAGUUCGAACUAGAGGUCCGAACUUGGGACAUCCUAUCCCAUCAAACCCGUCUGAUCGACAAUUGAUUAGAUUGAAAGGAAAUGUUUUUUUAGAUUCCACAGUUACUAGAUCAAUCACUAAUGACAUUAAGAUGCGCUACACUGCUCCAUGGAAAACUUGGUCAGAAAUACCUUUAAAGAUAAAAGACGAGCUCUUCAGACUUUUUCGGAGUCGAUAUAUAUGGGAUGAGAGUGAAGAAGAUAUGGUUCGAAUUGCUUGGGAAAAAGUAGGUAAAGAAAGACUGCGAGACAUUCUUAAUAGAGUUAGGAGCGAAUUGUUGCGCAAGCACAAGAAGACAGAUGUUGCUUAUUUAUACAAUUUAGGACCAGAUUGGAUGGAGGCAGAGAUAUGGAAUGAACUUGUUGCAUAUUGGAGUACACCAGAGUGGAGAAAGAAAUCAGAAGCUGGUAAAGCAAAUAGAAACAUAGAAAAAGAUUGGACUAUUACGAAACACUCUGGUGGUUCAAUAAAACUGGAGGUUCAUGAGAAUAGACUGGUUCGGACCCGAGGAACCGAGGACCUCAGCAGUGAGAUAGCUGCUUCAGAGUCUGGAGCUUAUUUGAGUGCCAUUGCUGAGAAUGUGAAUGACAAUUGUGAGAGUCAGUCUACUUUUGAUUUGAAUAAGUGGAUUGAAAUUUCUGGAAGUAGUAAAGGGAGGGUUUAUGGUUUUGGAUCUUCUGAUACUGCAAAAUCAGGAACUCCAACUACCUCUUUCUCAUGUACAUCAGCUCAUCCUGGAGGACCUUCUCAAACUAUGUUUUCUUUAGAGGAGGUUGAACAAAUAUUAGAGCAAAAUCGGAUCAAAAUGAAAGAAGACAUGGAGCAAAUGCAAGAGCAAAUGCAAGAGCAAAUGCGAGAUAUUGUGACGAAGCAGAUUAUUAGUAAAGGACAUGUAUCUGGGGGUCUCUACAUUUUGGAUGCAUGGGUGGCUCAGUCUAUUGCCUACUCUAGUGUCGUGUCUCCGUUUGAAGCACAUUGUCGGUUGGGACACCCUUCUUUAUCGGUUUUGAAGAAGCUAUGCCCUCAAUUUCAUAAGAUGCUUGAGGCCCAUGCCCGGUUGAAUCUAAGACUGGAUUCAGAUAUUUUAUCACUUUUUAUGCCUCAUGUUGUACAAUUUGAUGGUCGCAUUCCUCCUAAUACUCGGUCUCCUGUUACACCAUCAGUUGUUCAAGUUUACUCUCGAAGACCAGUACCUAAUGAUACAUGUCCUGCACCAGAAUCUUCUUCGCCAUCAGAUCCACCACCGAGUGACCUUGACCUCCCUAUUAGUCUUUAUCAAGAUAAAUGA